AAGCCAAUUUUAACGUGCCUCUCUCUCACAUUCCCAAUUUUGUUACUCUCUGUUCGUCUCGACUAUUGUUGGCGCCCGCCUCCACCAAACACCUAAUUUACAGGUUCAUUAUCGAUUAAUCAGAUCGAACCUUUUGAUUUCUUCAUAUAAUUUUUCCGGGAAUUCAAUAGCUAGAAGGAAGCGGAUAUGUCUGGGAUUAUAGGUCGAAAAAUGGCCAGCAGAGGCGUUUCUGGUUUGAAUAUGAAUCAGUUCCUGCUGGGAAGCAGGGUAUUUGCAUCUAGAAAUUUUUCUUCAGCAGCUAAAGAGAUGACUGUCCGUGAUGCUCUAAAUUCUGCUCUGGAUGAAGAAAUGUCUGCGGAUCCAAAGGUCUUUGUAAUGGGGGAGGAGGUUGGUGAAUACCAAGGAGCCUAUAAGAUUACCAAAGGGCUGUUGAGUAAAUAUGGUCCAGAAAGAGUUGUUGAUACACCCAUUACUGAGGCUGGAUUUACUGGAAUGGGAGUUGGUGCUGCUUAUCAUGGUCUGAAACCUGUUAUAGAAUUCAUGACUUUCAACUUUUCAAUGCAGGCAAUUGACCAUAUUAUCAAUUCUGCUGCAAAAUCAAAUUACAUGUCUGCCGGUCAGAUCUCAGUCCCCAUCGUCUUCAGGGGUCCUAAUGGUGCUGCAGCUGGCGUUGGUGCUCAACAUUCUCAGUGCUAUGCGGCAUGGUUUGGUGCAUGUCCUGGAUUGAAGGUGCUAGCUCCAUACUCUUCUGAAGAUGCUCGCGGCCUGCUAAAAGCUGCUAUCAGGGAUCCUGAUCCUGUUGUUUUUCUGGAAAAUGAGUUGCUAUAUGGUGAGUCUUUUCCUGUUUCUGCCGAAGUUCUUGAUUCUAGUUUCUCUCUUCCCAUUGGAAAAGCUAAGAUUGAACGUGAAGGAAAGGAUAUCACAAUUACUGCUUUCUCAAAGAUGGUUGGUUAUGCUCUUAAGGCUGCCGAAAUUCUUGCAAAAGAGGGAAUUAGUGCUGAGGUCAUAAAUUUGCGCUCUAUCCGACCACUUGAUAGACCCACCAUUAAUGCUUCCGUGAGGAAAACCAACAGACUUUUAACUGUUGAAGAAGGGUUCCCACAACACGGCGUUGGAGCUGAGAUCUGUGCAUCUGUGGUUGAGGAAAGUUUUGAGUAUCUUGAUGCACCAGUCGAGAGGAUAUCUGGGGCUGAUGUUCCUAUGCCAUAUGCAGCAAAUCUGGAAAGAAUGGCUGUUCCACAGAUUGAAGAUAUUGUUCGUGCAGCAAAGAGGGCAUGUUACAGAGCAGCAAAAUCAGUUCCACUGGCUGCAACUGCUUAAGCUUGGUAGGAACAAAGCUGGUUUUAAGCAUUUUCUUUCCUCUUCGUGGAUAUUGAUUCUUUAUCCGCCUGCGAGUGGAUGCUUCUGAACUCACCAUCCUGAGAAGUUUAGUUUGACCAUGCAAAAGAAAAAGCUAAAUGUUAGAAAUAAAACUUGUAGAAAAUAAAUUUUGCCGUUUUCUUGCUCUCUUUACACUGGUGUUACCAAAUGUUAUGUAAGACAAACACGCUACUACUGAUGGAAGAGAAAGUAGUAGACACCACUGCAACUUCUUUGUGAGUUUUGACUGCUGAUGGUUCAUGAGAACAAACUCUACGCUGCUUAUAUGAUGUAUGUUUGUA